AUAUAGAGAGAGAGAGAGAGAGAGAGAGAGAGAGAUAAUAAGAGACAGAAACGGAGAAAGCGAGAGAUAAACACGCCUCACCUAUAAAUACACAUAUCUCGUCACGAAUUUUCAUUUUCGCGUUUUCUUUUCUCUUUUUUUCGAACUCAGUCAGAGCGAGAGAGAGAGAAAUUUGGUGAGCGGGAAAGCGAAAGAGUGCUCGAAGAGAGAGAGAGAGAGAGAGAGAGAAAGACAAUGGCGAGUGGCGAAGCGAACGCGGUGGAGAAUCACAACGACGCCGUUCCGGUCGAGCUCCCUGCUCCAGAAGGCUGGAAGAAGCUGUUUAAUCCAAAGAAGAGUGGGACACCAAGGAGGAAUGAGGUAGUUUUUGUUUCACCUACAGGUGAAGAGAUCAAGAGCAAAAGACAAUUAGAUCAGUAUCUCAAAUCUCACCCUGGAGGCCAUUCUAGUUCUGAGUUUGACUGGAGCACAGGUGGAACUCCAAGGCGUUCUUCAAGAAUAAGUCAGAAAUCAAAAGCAACAGAAUCGCCAGAAGCUGAACCUCCUAAGAAAAGGAGUGCUAAGAAGGGAGCAAAAGAGAAGGAUGAUAAUGGUGAAGAGAAAUUAGAUGCUGCAGCUGGGGAAGCAAAUGAGGAAGUGGAGCUGAAAGGUAAAGAGGAUGUGGGGGAAAAAGACACUGAACCUAAAGCUGAGGAAAAAGUCGAUGAAAUGGAUAUUGAAAAAGUAGAGAACAAGACAGCUGCUGAUAAGACUUCUGAUGCGAAGGAAGAAGAGGUUGUGAAUAACUCACUGCCAACUCCAGGGUCGGAGGAAGCUGAGAAAAAACUGACAGAGCCUGAAGCUUCGGCUAAAUUGGAAAAUCAGGAAGCUGAAAAGAAGACUACUUCUGAUGCAAAGGAAGAAGAGAUCAAGUUUGACUCACAGCUGGCACCAGUGACCAAGGAAAAUAAAGAGGAGGCUAAUAAGCUGCCAUCAGAGCCUGAAGCACCACCCUCACAAGUUUCUGCAGCAGAUGGGAAGGUUGAAAAGGAGUGUGAGAUGGACAAAGAAGGAAAAGAGGACUCUCUUGCUGAGAAUCUGGUCGGUGUGGCAGAAACCAAAGCUAAUAACAGUAGCAUUCAGGAGAGCGUAGAUGGGUCAAAUCCCAUAAAAAACCAUCCGGUGAGUUGUGAGGAGACAUCCCAUGGGCCCAAGGCGUCUCAAGUUAACUGUUGAAAAGUCUGUUUGUAGGCUUAAAUUCUCAAAUUAUAGAUUCUCUUCCUAUUUUUCUUGUUUCAUUUAGGUUAUUUUACUGAUAAUGGUGUGUUGUACUGCAAUUAAAAUUAGGAUGUCAUACGGCAAUUAGGUGGUGUUGAUAUGCUGUGGAUGUCCUCAGCGUCAUCGCCAUCAAUUGCAUUAGGUCUCUUCUAAUACUUAUUUUUCCCAAUUCAUGCAUCUAACUCUGACAUUUGGUACUCAGAUCAGUACUAGGUUUUUUCUCAGCUUAUUGACUGAUAAACAUGAUCUUGUUAAAUGAAAGAUAAAGUACUAUUCCAUUUGUGAGCA